GUCUGUGUCGGUUUGCGAUUACCCUGACAACCCACGCAAAUCUAACACCGCCUCCUUCGGCCGUGUUCAGGUUCGGGGUCACUAUAAUGAAACGGGAUCAAUAAGACGACCCGCGAAUGUUUCCGUGACCUUUGACCGGUCAAAUAAUAGUCUUUUGUUACUGUCAGGAGCCCUGAUUCUCAGCCUAUUCGCAAUAGUUACCAUAUCACAGAGGAUUUCAAUCAUGAGGAAUGACAACAUGCAAAGUGACCAAUUGAAUCUCGAGGAGUGGAGUGCCUUGAUAUUUUUUCCAAGCAAGAUAAUGAAAAGGAUGCCGCAGGGGUUCUCCAACGAGGAGUUUAAACAGUGGAAAGACGAAAUCAGCAGGUCACGUGUUGUGGGCGUGGAGAAGGGUUGUGGUCGGAUGAAGAACAGACUGCUGCACUUGGAGGGGGGAGGGCGAGUGUGUUGCAGGUAUAGACAGAACCAGGAUCAGAUCCAGGGGGAGGUCUUCUCGUUCUAUCUCAGCCGUGCGAUUGGUAUUAACAAAGUUGCCCCUACCAAACUCUCGGUUUUCAACGCGUCCGAUCCUUUCUGGUCAGAUGUUGCCCCUCAGCUGCUCAAAAAUGAAAACGAGGGCGAAGGGGGCUGGGAGGAGGGAAAAUUGGUCAUCCUUACCAAGUUCAUCGACUACCUUCAUCCUGUCAAUAUACCCUUAUACUUCCAGACAGAUCAGAACUCCGUCGCUGAUUGGUCAACUUUGGCCUCUUUGCCAACGAUUUUGUCCAAUCAGAGCUCAGUAUCUUUGAACUCAGUUGAAAUAGCAGAAUUAGCCCAGUGGUCCGACAUGGUAGUUUUCGACUAUCUAACUGCGAACUUAGAUCGAGUCGUUAACAAUCUGAACAAUUUGAAAUGGAACUCAAGAAUGUUGCAGUAUCCCAUACACAAUUUGCAGCAACGAAACUCCGAUAACCUUUAUCUGUUAUUUGACAACGAAUCAGGUCUGCUUCAUAGUUACAGAAUACUAGACAAGUUUAGUCAUUAUCACGACCAGCUUUUGAGCUCAGUUUGCUUGUUUUCUCCCCAAACCGUGGCCAACAUCGAACGACACGCCAGCAACUCUAGUCUGUGGUCUUCCAUGUACCAAGAUUUCCAAGCCGAAGAGUCCCUCAGCCGAAAAUUGCCCAAGUUGCCGUCCCGAUUCGUCUCCAUUCUGCACAGUCGGCUGAAUAGCACUAGAGAGCAAUUUGCACAUUGUGAAACUCGGUUGAAAAAUAACAAAUAAAUCGUUUAUGUUUGUUUCUGUUAAAUGUUUAGCCAAUCUGUAAUGAACGUCAAUGAUUCAUGUUUCUUCGUAUAUUUCAAAUAGU